AGCAAUGAGCAUUACCAUUGCCAAAGUAAAGUACCAAAGGAGGACCGGAGAGUGACGUAAACACCCGACCGUUGAAAGCACCCUUUCAACUCGCCGCCGGUGACUCAAUCCGCAAAAUUAUAGUAUCUCCUCAUUACCCUUGUCGUAAAAAUCUUCACUUUGGCUUCUUCCUUCCCCAAUUCCUCAAACCCAUCUCCUUACUCUCUUCCAGGGUAAGAUCUUAUAUGAAAUGAUCUGCUAAGAGGAAGUAUAUAAGUCUCUUUGGUUGGGGGAACUCUUGAUAUGGAGGAGAGUGAAACAAAGGGGAGAAUUAGGCGCGAAACCGAAAAGGCUUGUGUUUCGGUUGAGAGAAUUGGGUCUACCUUACUUUCGCCACUUGCAAAGAAAGGUAAAGACACAUCAAAUAAGAGAAAUCCUAAGCCUAAUAAGCGCAAAGCCGAAGAAGAAAUAUGUUCAAAAUCCAGAAACAAGAAGUGUACUCGAGGAAGGGUACAUUGUGAGGAAGAGGAGGAGGAGGAGGAGGAGAAAGGUAAGAAAACAAGGAAGAGGAAAAGUAAGAGACAGCAAAAGGAUAACAAGGUUGAGGUAGAUGAUUCUUUACGGUUGCAGAGGAGAACAAGGUAUUUGCUCAUUAAGAUGAAGAUGCAGCAGAAUCUUAUCGAUGCAUACGCAACUGAAGGUUGGAAAGGUCAGAGCCGAGAAAAGAUUAGACCAGACAAGGAGCUUGAGAGAGCACGAAAAGAGAUCUUAAACUGCAAGCUUGGACUACGCGACGCCAUUCGCCAGCUGGAUUUGCUUAGUUCUGUGGGAAGCAUGGAAGAUAAAGUGAUAGCUCUAGAUGGAUCUAUUCAUCAUGACCAUAUAUUUUGUGCAGAAUGCAAUUCUCGAGAAGCUUUUCCGGACAAUGAUAUAAUACUUUGUGAUGGAACGUGUAAUCGAGCAUUUCACCAGAAGUGUCUUGACCCUCCUUUGGAAACAGAAAGCAUACCUCCCGGAGUUCAGGGCUGGUUUUGCAAAUUUUGUGAUUGCAAGAUGGAAAUCAUCGACACAAUGAAUGCACAGAUUGGAACUCAUUUUCCUGCGGAUAGCAACUGGCAGGAUAUAUUCAAAGAAGAAGCUAGUCUUCCUAUUGGAUCUGAAGCUACAGUUAACAACGAAGCGGAUUGGCCUUCAGAUGACUCUAAGGAUGAUGACUAUGACCCUGAAAUGAGGGAAAACGGUGGAGGAAGCAGUAGCAAUUUUAGUGGUGGUGGCGGUGGUGAUAACGAUGGAGAAAGCAUUUCUACUAGCUUAUCUUCUGAUGGUGUAGCACUUUCAACAGGAUCAUGGGAAGGCCAUGGAUUUAACAAUAUGGUGGAACAAUGCGAAACAAGUAAUGAAGAAGCUGUAUGUGGGCCAAGACAGCGAAGAACUGUUGACUAUACAAAGUUGUAUUAUGAAAUGUUUGGAAAGGAUGCAGUUUUGCAAGAGCAAGGUAGUGAAGAUGAGGACUGGGGUCCGAACGACAGAAGGAAGAGAAGAAAGGAAUCUGAUGUAACAAGCGAGCUUGUAAAUAUGUGUGAAAGCAGUAAGAAAGAUCAAGAUGCUGUACAAAUACCAGAACAGCGUAAGAGAGAUUUUGUCUCUGUGGAAAAUAAAGGAGGUCGAAGGCCGAUGUUCAGACUCCCAAAAGCUGCAGUUGAGAAACUACGCAAAGUGUUUGCAGAGAAUGAGCUUCCUUCAAAGGAUGUGAGGGAUAGGCUUUCAAAAGAGCUGAGUCUUGAUCCGGAGAAGGUCAGCAAAUGGUUUAAAAAUACACGGUACAUGGCACUGAGGAAUAGGAAGACGGAGAGCGAGAAACAACCUGAGCAUUGUAAGACGGUCUCUGAAAGAGACUCUGGACCAGAAGCAGUCAUGAAGAACAACACAGAUACAAAGCAAACUCAAAAUACUUUGGACGAGACUGUGCCACCUGGAUUUGAUGCUGCCAAUCAGAAAAUUCUCUCUCCCUGCAAUAACAACCAGGAGGAAACUCAACAGGCCAAUGUCUCCUUUCCUGCACCAACAGAUGAAAUACAACAGUAUCUGGAACAGAACGACUCUUCUUUCGCUCUAGUGCCGCAUGAAGAGCUAAGCAGCGAAAUGAGCUUAAAGACGGUUGUAGAGGAGAGAGAGACAGAGAGUAAGACGACAGAAGAGCCACAUGAAGAGCUAAGCAGCGAAAUGAGCUUAAAUACAGCUGAAGAGGAGGAGGAGACAGAUAGCAAAAUUACGGAAGAGGAAGAAUACGAAGCAGUAAUGGAGAUGCUUUGUAGGACAAAAAACAAGUUACUGGACGUGACUCAGAGACUUGAGAGAUUUAAAACACCGAAAGGACGGAAAAAGUUAGGCAAGUGUUCUUCUUUAUCUGAAGAAGACUCAGUAGUGUAUGUUCCAAUAGUAGAGGUCAUGGAGAAAAAGGAAAACAAUUGAAAAACAAAAAAAAAGAAUCCUUUGCAGAAGUUUUGGUAUUGUUAGAUUCUUUUGGAACUAUUUGACAAA